UUCUUUAUUUUUUCUUUGAAAUAAAUAAUUAAAACUUUCUUCAUCUUGUGUGUUGUUGAAUCUUAUAACAAUAAAACCUAAUAAUUAUUAUUACUUAAAAAAAAGUACGUUCACUUUCAUUACUGUAACUGCUUAAAUAACGCAGUAUAAAUUGUUAGUUGAUAUAAGAAGCGGUUUUAGUUUGUUGCGAGAUCAGAAUUCGAGUUAUAUUUUUGGAAAUUUUAAUUUUUAAGGACAUGGAUUCCGAAGAAUUUCGACAAUUUGCUGGUGCAUCAAUUGAGUUCAUUAUAAAUUAUUUGGAAAACAUACGAGAACGACCUGUUUUAACAUCUGUCGAGCCAGGCUAUUUGCACAAAGUACUUCCAACUGAAACUCCGCAAAAACCAGAUAAAUGGCAGGAUAUUUUAAAAGACAUGGAAAAUAUAAUAUUGCCAGGUAUUGUACACUGGCAGUCACCACAAUUUUCAGCAUAUUUCCCAGCAGGACAAUCAUAUGCAAGUAUUGUUGGUGAAUUAUUGAGUGCUGGUUUAGCUGUUAUUGGCUUUAAUUGGAUUACAAGCCCAGCUUGCACCGAACUUGAAGUAGCCAUGAUGAAUUGGCUCGGUAAACUGCUAGACUUACCUGAAGAAUUUUUAAACAGCUCUGAAGGACCAGGCGGAGGAAUUAUACAAGGUUCCGCCAGUGAAGCUUCUUUAGUUGGAAUGCUUGCUGCUAAACAACGAACAGUACGUCGUAUAAAAGAAACAGAUCCAACUAUGGAUGAAGCAGUAAUUAAAGGGAAAUUAGUAGCUUAUGCGUCAAAUCAAUCAAACUCGUCAGUAGAAAAAACUGGAUUAUUGGGUUCUGUUCCCGUACGUUUACUUGGAGUCGACAAAAAUUGUUCUUUACGUGGUGAAACAUUAUUGCAGGCUGUACAGGAAGAUAUUAAGAAAGGUUUUAUUCCUUGUUAUCUGGUAGCAACGUUUGGCACAACCGGCACUUGUGCAUUUGAUAAUAUUGAAGAAUUAGCUGAAGUGUGUCAAAAGUAUAAUAUUUGGCUUCAUAUCGAUGCCGCCUACGCAGGUGCUGCUCUAGUCUGCCCCGAAUAUCGUCAUUUAAUGAAGGGUAUUGAUAAAAGCGAUUCUUUUAAUUUCAACUUGCACAAAUGGUUGUUAGUUAACUUUGACUGUUCAGCAAUGUGGGUAAAAAAUUCAAAUUAUUUAGUGGAUACAUUUAACGUGGAUCGUAUCUACUUAGAACAUCAUCACAAUCAACAUAGCCAAAAUAGUAUGGCACCCGAUUAUCGACAUUGGCAAAUACCAUUAGGUAGACGUUUUCGAGCUUUAAAAUUAUGGACCACAUUACGUCUAUAUGGAGUUGAAGGUUUACAGAAUUCAAUAAGAAAAGAUAUCCGUCUAGCAGAAUUAUUUGCUUCUUAUGUACGUUCUGAUGAACGAUUUGAAGUGAUACCGGAACCAUCAAUGGCCUUAGUAUGUUUCCGAUUAAAAGGUGAUGAUGAAUUCACAAAACAAUUGUUAAAUAAAAUCGUCGAACGUAAAAAAUUGUACAUGGUACCUGCAACGUAUGAAAGUUUUUAUAUAAUACGUUAUGUGGUAUGUAGUCGUUUAACGACUGAAAAGGAUAUUGAAUUUGCUUGGAAUGAAAUUCAAUCACAAGCCAAUGAAAUACUUCAAAGUCCAUCACAAAUAUCGAGUAACACUUUUGUACAGAAAACCUCAAACAUGGAUAUUAAUACUAAAGAAAGUUUUAAAAUUUCGAAUAAUUAUCAUCCAAAUAAUAUAACUGAAAAAUCUCAAUAGACAAUAAUUAAAUUUCCAUAACUUUUUCGUUAUUUUUUUAUUUUUAAUUAACUUGUGGAUUGCUUCCCGGCUUUGAUAAUUCAUUCUUUAUCCAAAUUAUGGUGUCAAUAUAGAUAAUGAUGUUAUAAAACCCUGAUAUUAAUCCGCAUUUUGAUAAAUAGUUUUCAGGCUGCAGAAAACAACUCUUUUUACUGAAAAUAUUUUCAGUAAAAAGAGUUAUCAAAAACAAAACGAGUUUAAUCGAAGUAUCGAAGCCGAGAAAGUAGACACCUCAUUAUUUUAUAAUAUAUAGUAUUCAAAGUUAAUAUUAGGGAGUAAUUGCAAUCAUUUAAUAGCAAAUCAAAUAAACUGCUAUAAUAUCGUUCCCGGCAAAAGUCACAGUUAAACCUUAAGAAUGUAAAAAAUUACAAUUCAACUUCUUUACAUAAGUACAGCUACUAGUAAAUUCAAUUUACUCUUCAAACAAAUUCGAAAAUAAACAAUUUCGAAUACGUGAACAGAAAAAUAUCUUAUCGACAUUGAUAUUGGCUGUUUUAUUUAUUUUUUUUGUGAUCACGAUACUCUUAACAAUUUAGCAUUUUAGUAAUUUUGCAGAAUGAUUGGAAUAACUCCCUAUAUAUUUAAAUAUCGAUGUAGU